AUGUUUUUGGUUAAAUCAUCUAUUCCAAAGUUUGCUGUUAGAUUGUAUUCAACUACUGCUGCUGCUACUGCUGGUGCUGCUAAAGAACCAUUAGUAUUUAUUGAAAAGCAUUUAGAAAAUGGUGUUUAUAAUGGUGUAUCAUUCUUAAAGUUGAAUAAACCUGCACAUCUCAAUGCGCUGACAUUUGAUAUGGGUAAGGAUUUCAAAGAUUGUGUUGAUCAAUUGGCUCAAGACAAGUCUGUCAAGUGUGUUAUUCUUACUGGUGCUGGCAAGGCCUUUUCUGCAGGUGGUGAUUUAAACUUUUUGAUGGAUCGUACCAAAGAUAGUCCACAAAACAAUGCAGUCAUUAUGGAGAAAUUCUACAAGACCUACCUCUACAUUAGAAAUAUCAACGUUCCAAUCAUCUCUGCUAUCAAUGGUCCUGCUAUUGGUGCUGGAUUAUGUUUGGCAAUGGCUACCGACAUUAGAUUGGCUUCAAACAAGGCCAAGAUGGGUCUUACAUUUGUGUCGUUGGGUAUUUCACCUGGAAUGGGCUCUACCCAUUUCUUACCACGUGUUGUCAGUCAUCAAGUGGCCACCCGGAUGUUAUUGACCGGCGACGUUGUACAAGGUGACGAAGCCAAGCAAUUGGGUUUGGUAUUGGAUGUUUACAAUCAAGAAGACCUCAUUCCACAAGCCACCGCUUUGGCUAGUAGAAUCGCCAAACAAUCGGCCAUCUCUGUACAAGGUUGUCUCAAAUCAAUACGUAAUCAACAAAAUACAGGAUUGGAAGUAUCACUUCAACGCGAAGCCGAUAAUCAAUCACAAUGUUUUGCUCAUCCAGAUAUUGUCGAAGGUUUAACUGCUAUUAAAGAAUCUCGUCCACCAGUCUUUAAAUCUUAA